GGUGCAUGGACCCUGAGCAGAACAUGAACUGUCAUCAAGCCCUUGUUGGGACUGUUGUAUGGAAGGAGGAGACAGAAAGGCCAACAUCUGAGCAGCUUUCUGAAAAUCAUCAUUUUUCUCUGCUGUGUCAGUUGUUGUUUCUCUUAGAUCAUGUACACCUGGUGACAAACACAGCGCACAAGAGAAGCAGACAGAGAGAGAGAGAGAGAGAAAAAAAGUGGAUCCCUUUACCUGGACGUUAUUUCCAGCUCACAGUUCACGGAGGGAAGGAACAAUCCAAGAGGAUGGACCCAUCCAGCAUCAGGGCAAACACCAUCCUUGCUGUCUUCUCUGUGAUGCAGCUCGGUCUGAUCCCCACUAUGGCUGAGGGAGAGACAACAGUGUUUGGUACUGUUGGGGAACAGGUGAUCCUGCCCUGUAUUGACAAAUUCCAAAAUGAUGGGGUGACCUGGAAAUACAAUGACCUAGUUGUGAUCCAGUAUCAGAAGCAGCUCUUGAGAGGCAAAACUCUGUUGUUCAAUCGAUCUGAAUUAAAUAAGCAGGAGAUGUCCAAGGGAGACUUCUCCCUGAUACUGUCACAGCUGAGGCACUCUGAUGCUGGCAAAUACAUCUGUGGAGUCGGUUCCAGAACUUUCAUGGUCCAGCUGCAGGUGUUUGAAGUUACAGGUUCUCCGAGUGGCUACCUCCUGCAAGGUGAAAAUCUCAUGCUGACCAUACAAGGUUCCUCAAGUGCCAGCAUCACCUGGUAUGACAACCGCAAGGACAAAGUGACAGCCACUCAGUCAAGAGAACUGAAGAAUGGUGGACACAGUCUGCAGAUACACAACCUCCGGGCUGAGGGCAGUGGAACCUGGAGGUGCCACAUCACAUCCCUGUCCGCUAAGCUGGACAUACCCUAUACGGUGCUGGUGAUAGGUUUUCAACAUUGUGACAGCCCACAUGCAUCGCCUGCGUCACUCCGUGUUUCCCUACCUAGAAGACUCCAUCCCGAUCCCCGCUUCUCACCACCAUAUGGACCCUAUACACCCUCUUAG